UUCCUAGUAUGGGGUAGGAGUUUUCAGAUCCCCCGGAAUUUUUGAGAAGUGGGGCUGUGUGCUGUAGAACAUUGAUUGGUGGAACACACUUGCAGCGUUCUUCACUUAAGUUCAACCACAACAUUUAAGCCAGUGUGCAUCUGCAAGCUUGUUUAUUCCAUUUCUACAAGCUUUACUUCAUUUGCGUUUUGAACAUUUGGAAAAUGGAGCAAAAGAAGAGAAGCUGUGACAAGUGGAUGGACGACGAUGUUCGUUUGACAAAUACGUUCUUCUGAGAGUUUAAAGUUGCUAUUUUCAGGAUAUUUGGCUCGCUCCAACGAGUACAUUGUAAUCAUCAGUCUGUCCAUCCGACUAAACUAAAGAGUGUAUUUGACAAAUUCGUUCAAAACGGUCUGGACAACAUCAAACAUUUUAUUAAAUACACUCAAGAGAAACUCAGCAUGACUUCAGUUCAACAACUCAAAACAACCAAGCUUGAUUUGACUAGAUUUCCCAGAACUUUGAGGUGUGGUGAAAAUGCAAAACGCACAGUUUACAAGGAAGGAUUUUUCCCAGUUAAAUAAAUUCCUGGAAAUAAAAGUUCCUGGGAAUGUUGGUGGAAACAGGGCUAUAGUGUCUCUAAAUUUUAGGGCCUUAACUGGAACCAGAUCCAGGACUAAUCCUACCAGUAACACCUGCAAGAUUCAGAUUGUCCUUCCUGUUGUUUUCCUCAGGUCUUGUUGUCACUGUGUUUCCGUGGCGAUGUUCCGGCGCAGGAAAAAGAAGCGCAGGCCGGAGAUCUCCGCACCACAGGACUUCCAGCAUCGUGUCCACACGUCCUUUAAUGCAGUGACGGGGCGUUAUGUAGGCCUCCCUCCACAGUGGCAAAGCGUCAUCGACACGCUGAAGAGGCCACGCCCCCUGGUGGAUGCCUCCAGGAUCACAGAGGUGGAGCUUGGACCUAAAAAGAGCAUCGUCCGGGGAAGCUUCAUUGGUCAUGAGGACUACAUCUCCCAUGUGAUCGCAGAGAUGGGCCGCCUGUCCGUCUCCAGCUCUAACUCUCUGCGGCGUAGCAGUGUGUUGGCACGGAAACGGGCCCAGUCUCUGGGUCGACUGGGGGAGCUGGUCGAAGAUGAGCCAUACCAGUAUGAAGAGCUCAGUCCCCAUGGAGACAGUGGGAAGAGCAGCAGCCGUUCCACCUACUGGCAGGACCGGAUUCGACAGGUCCGCAGUGAGAGCGGCAGCCCCCACCUGCCCCGAGCCAAGUCCAGCGGUGAGGUGCGUCCUGAGGCCACGCCCUCCUCACCUGUCAGCAGGCCCUGUCUCAGGACAAGCUCUACGCGUGCUCAGUACGCCCGCAGUGAGGGGGCGGGGCUCCGUGGAGGUGGGGUCAGCAGACAGAGGCCCGCCUCCUGUCACAACAACCUUAGACUGAAACCAGCUGUCAAUCACCUGCCAGACCUGCUGUCAUCCUCCUCAGAAACUCCCAGACGGCCACGCUCCUCCUACGACCUCCUCCCCGUCCUCCCCAUCCUCCCCCCCUCCCUCCCUCCCCCUAACAGCACCAGCAGCCCCCUCACAACUAGAAUCCCACCUGACCGCAUGCCCCGCCCCUCCUCCACCUUCCUCCCUCAGCCUCGCCCUUCCUGCCCCACCCCCACUCCCUCCCAGCAGCCAUCAAAACCCAACGGACCCGGCCCAGCCAAGCUGACCCAUGACCAGUUCAAGGCAGCACUGCAGCUGGUGGUGGAUCAGGGCGACCCGCGGAUGACGCUGGAAAACUUUGUCAAAAUUGGUGAGGGCUCAACAGGGGUCGUAUGUGUCGCCCGUGAGAAACACAGUGGCCGCCAAGUGGCCGUGAAGAUGAUGGACCUCAGGAGGCAACAGCGUAGGGAGCUGCUCUUCAAUGAGGUGGUCAUCAUGAGAGACUAUCGGCAUCAGAAUGUGGUGGAGAUGUACCGCAGUGCUCUGGUGGAGGACGAACUCUGGGUAAUCAUGGAGUACCUGCAGGGUGGCGCUCUCACCAACAUUGUCAGCGAAACCAGGCUGAGUGAGGAGCAGAUGGCCACGGUGUGCGAAGGUGUCCUGAAGGCGUUGGCGUACCUCCACUCGCAGGGCGUCAUCCAUCGAGACAUCAAGAGUGACUCCAUCCUGCUGACGCUGGACGGGAGGGUGAGGCCCCUAAACUGUCUACUGUUACCACCAUCACCCUCAUGGUCCUCACCUUUUUCCUUCUUCUUCUUCUUCUUCUGCAGAUUAAACCUGUCAGACUUUGGGUUCUGUGCUCAGAUUAGUAAAGAUGUCCCAAAGAGGAAAUCUCUGGUUGGGACGCCAUACUGGAUGGCACCAGAGGUUAUUUCCAAAACACCGUACGGCACAGAGCUCCUCAUACCCGAGUGCGGUCUCUCCGGUGAUGAAGGACUUCUCAGCUGUAUGCUAACUCGUGACACCCUCCGGCGCAGCAGUGCUGCUGCUUUGCUGGAGCAACCCCUUCCUUCUGCAGGCCAGACCACCACGUUGCCUGGUGCCUCUGGUGAGAAACACCAGCAAAAGCACACCACUCUGCUGAACACCUGUACACCCGAGGGACCUGAGGAACCAGCAGGACCGGAAAACUCACCCAAGGGACUUGAACUGAGGGAUUCUGAACUCAAUCAAGGGUACCCAGUGGCCUGA